AUGGAGGCUGAUGGUGCAACGACAGAGGGCAUCGCAGAUGCUGACAGCAUUAGCGUUGAGUACCUGCCCGAUGCUCCCAGCCUGGACGUUCUUGGGGAGAGAGUUGUCUCUGCUCAAAGGAUGCGGAAAUCUGUUCCUGUUCACCGUAGAAUGACCAGGACCUCACCAACUGAAGUCUUGGCACAGCCUGAGCUCAACUCGACCAAGCUCAAGGCCAAGGCUGAUGCCCCAGAGACUGAGGGCAUCCCAGGCACUGACAGCACACCCCUUCAGCGCCUGCCAGAUGCUCCCAAUCUGGACUUUUCUGGGGACAGAGUUAUCUCUGCUCAAGUGCCGGCUGUGGUGAGGUCCAUCCACUCGUGGCUGACCUCCAAUGUGUCUGCUGGGCACGUGCUGGAUAACACCCUUCUAGCACUGACCGAGGCACACCCCGUGGAUGUCGCCAUCACCCUCCUGCGCUGUGCCCCCUCGUGCGACAGAGCUGCUGCAACCAUGUGGAGGACCAUCGCCUCAUCGGGAAGGACACUGCAGAAGGUGCUGCCAACCCUGCUCGGCGUGAUGGAGGACUGGCCGUGGUACUACACGCGCACCUCCGAUGGGGACAACACAGACGUCUUUGCCCUGGCUGCAACUCUGGCACUGUGGAUGAUUGUCCAAGAGCCCCAGUGCCCAGGGCCGUUGAUGGACUAUUCCCCCCAUCUCCUCGUGGCUCUGCUGUUCCAAAUCUUCAUCAGCACAGAGCAGAUGUCAGAGGAGGUCGACAACUUCUGGAGGGGAUGCCAGGAGCAAAACGACCUUCCCACCAACCCAAACAGGUGCUCCAUCCCAGUCCUCCCCUCCCUCCCAUGCCCUCAGGGCUGGGGCCAGGGCUCCCAACAUGACCUGGACUUUGCUCUGCACACAGGUUUGCAGUGCUGA